AUGGACAUCUUCAGCAAUGAAGACACUGAACAAUACGAUCGAGCUGAUGCGCUGAAGGUCUUCGAUGAAACGAAAGCAGGUGUAAAAGGAUUAGUUGACGCAGGAGUUACGAAAAUUCCCAGAAUUUUCAUCCGACCACAUGAUGAACUAGUUGAAGAGUUGAAUAGCAGCAAGGUAAGCUUAAAAAUUCCGAUUAUCGAUUUAACAGGCAGUGAAAAAGGUGAUCGACGAAAGGAGAUCGUUGAACAAAUUCGAGUGGCUUCAGAAACAUGGGGCUUCUUCCAAGUGAUUAAUCAUGAAAUCCCUAAAAGUUUGUUGGAUGAAACGAUCGAUUGUAUUCGGAUGUUUCAUGAACAAGAGAGUGAAAUCAAGAUGAAGUUUUAUUCACGAGAUCGAAUGAACAAGGUGAGAUUUGAAAGUAAUCUUGACCUGUAUCAAUCUCGAGCUGCUAAUUGGAGGGAUACGUUGACUCUGUCGAUGUUUAUUUUAGAUGAACUUACUCCCGAUGAAGUUCCUUCAGUUUGCAGAGAAACAAUGCUUGAAUACAUAAAACACGUGACAAAAUUUGGUGGUACUCUAUUAGAGCUAUUAUCAGAAGCCCUCGGACUCCGGCCCAACCACCUCCAAGAUUUGGAGUGUUGUCAUGGCCGCACUUUCGUGUGCCACUACUAUCCGCCAUGCCCAGAACCGGAGCUAACCCUUGGAUCUAGCAAACACACCGAUCCCUCGUUUCUCACUCUUCUCCUUCAAGAUAAUAUUGGUGGCCUUCAAGUCCGCCACCAUGACCAAUGGACUGACGUUCCACCCCUUGCCGGAGGUUUCGUGGUCAAUAUCGGUGACUUUUUACAGAUUGUAUCGAACGACAAGUUUAAAAGUGUUGAUCAUAGAGUCUUGGCUAACCACAAUGGCCCACGGAUUUCCAUGGCAUGUUUUUUCACCGGUGUUGCUGUUCCUCCGAAGAUUUAUGGACCAAUCAAGGAGUUAACCUUACAAUCUGAUGGAAGUACACAGCCUGUAUAUCAAGAUUUCUUG